CAUGUCUUGGACGCACAACUGGAAGAAAUACUACACUUCCCAGAAACCCUGAGAAAUGAAGGGCGCGUCAUAGUAAAAUCUGGCCAAUGCAAUCUUAGAAACCUUGGAGCAGUGGGCUGCUAUUGGGGUAGUACACCGUUUGGGCUAGACAGCAGAGUACCGUGCUCGAAGACAAAAACGGUGUCUGUUGUGGAAUGAUUACUGUAGUGCGAUAUUGCAAGUCACCUAUACAGAGGAUACCUGUCAACUGGGAAAAACAACAGCAGCAAUUGAAUCAGUCUGUAAAAAAUGUAAACCUGUUGUUUCGCAUCUUUUUGAAAGAGAGCGAGCACUGUUCGUUGAUAUUGCAGACCAAGACACUUUGUAAACAUUUCCUUAAGCAAACAAUCAGUCGUUCGGAUUUGUACAAAUGGCAAAGCGAAGUACUUUGUUUAUCAGAAUCGUGGAAGCGAAGAAUUUACCUGUGAAAGACAUCACUGGGAGCAGUGAUCCAUACUGUAUUGUCAGGAUUGACAAUGAGGCCAUCAUAAGGACAGCAACGAUUUGGAAGACGCUCUCCCCCUUCUGGGGGGAGGAAUACAAUGUCCAUCUCCCCCCGUCUUUCCACACUGUAUCCUUCCACGUUCUGGAUGAGGAUUCUCUGAGCCGAGAUGACGUCAUCGGGAAGGUGUCCAUCUCCAAGGAGGCCCUUGCUGCCAAGCCACAAGGCUUAGAUGGCUGGGUGAACCUGACAGAGAUUGACCCGGAUGAAGAAGUGCAGGGGGAGAUUCACCUCCAGAUCUCAGUGCAGGGGGAUGGGAAUGUCCCCAGGGUACUGCGCUGCCACGUUUUCGAGGCCAGAGAUCUGGCCAAAAAGGACCGCAAUGGUGCGUCAGACCCGUUCGUCAGAGUGCGCUACAAUGGCAAAACCCAUGAGAGCGCGGUAAUAAAGAAGUCCUGCUACCCUCGCUGGAACGAAAGCUUUGAGUUUGAGCUGGAUGAGGCAUCUGCUGACACGCCGCUGACCGUAGAGGUGUGGGACUGGGACCUGGUUAGUAAAAAUGACUUCCUGGGAAAGGUUUUGUUCAACAUCAACAGGCUACAGUCUGCCCAGCAAGAGGAGGGCUGGUUCCGUCUGGGUCCAGAGAAGCCCAAACACAGCCAGUACGAGGGAACUCUGGGGUCCCUGCGGCUGCAGCUCCGACUCAGAGAUGAGACUGUUCUGCCGUCGGGUCACUACCAGCCCCUCGUGGAGCUGCUGUGCCAGUCCGUGGGCACUCAUCUCAACGGCAACUGGCCAGACUUGAUGAUGCUUAUUGAUGAGACCACUACUGCUGAAAGCCGGCAGGAAGUGGCCACCAACCUUGUCAAGCUCUUCCUGGGUCAGGGCUUGGUGAAGGAGUUCCUAGAUGUGUUGUUCAAGCUGGAGCUGGAAAAGACAAGUGAGCCCAACACCCUGUUUCGAAGCAAUUCCCUGGCUUCCAAAUCCAUGGAGUCAUUUUUAAAGGUGGCAGGCAUGCAGUAUCUACACAGGCUACUCGGUCCCACUAUUAACCGAAUCUUUGAGGAGAAAAAGUAUGUGGAGCUGGACCCCAACAAAGUAGAGCUGAAGGAAGCAGGGUGUGCAGGUCUUCACCGGAUGCAGACAGAGGCUGACGUGAUCCAGCAGAGCUCCACCCACCUGCAGUCCUACCUCUCCGAGCUGCUCCACGCCAUCGUCCAGUCUGCCACCUACUGCCCCAUAGCCCUGUGCCAGGCUUUCCAGCAGCUCUACCAGCGCGUACAGGAGCGGUUCCCUGAUAAGGAGUACAGGAAGGUGAAGUUCAUUGCUGUGACUAGCUUCCUGUGUCUGCGAUUCAUCUCUCCAGCCAUCAUGUCCCCCAAGCUGUUCCAUCUGAGAGAGAAGCACGCGGACGCCCGCACUAGCCGGACGCUCCUGCUGCUGGCUAAGGCUGUUCAGACCAUCGGCAACCUGGACACCCUGGCCUGUUGUUCCAAGGAGCCCUGGAUGGUGCCCCUGCAGCCGGCCAUCCAGCAUGGGAUCAGCCAGCUCAAGGACUUCAUCACCAGGCUGGUCAGCUGUGAGGAAGGGGGAGACCUAGGCCUGCAGACCAGGAUGAGUCUACAGUGUGGCACUAUGGAGAAAGAGGGCUUCCUCUUCCUGCACAGGACCAAGGAUAAGUGCAUGCUCAUGACUUCGCCCUUUAAGAAGUAUUACGUCACCCUCAGCAAAGACACUCUGUCCUACGCGCGGACACAGCACUCCAAGAAGAGUUCCUUCAUCGCUCUGCCCAAGAUCAGGGCGGUGGAGAAGGUCGAGGAGAAGUGUUUCGGGAGUGCCAACGUCAUGCAGAUCAUCUCCAGUGAGGACAGUGGCCAGAUGGAAACACUCUAUUUGGAUUGCAAGAGUGUGAAUGAGCUGAACCAGUGGCUCUCAGCCUUGCGGAAAGCUUGCAGUCACAACACAGAAACCAUGAGCUCUUAUCACCCAGGCGUUUAUAAGGGAGACAAAUGGAGUUGCUGCCACCAAAAGGACAAAACAGACCCAGGAUGUGAUAAAACAAGACACGGAGUCACACUACAGGAAUGGUAUGACCCUCUGGACCCAGAUUUGGAAUCCCAGCUUAUUUAUCGGCAUCUUUUGGGAGUCAGACAAGUGAUGAGGGAAAAAUAUCUAGAGAUGAUCAAACCAGAGGAGGGCAUUGACUCUACAGCAGGUCAGCAGAAGUUGGAUGGGGUCACCAGAUUCUUCAAAGUCCUGCAAGACCUACAGGAUGCUCAUAGUGCCGUGGAAGAGGCAGAGCGCUCACAGAAUAAAAACUUUCUCCUGGAGCUCCAGACAUAAAAGACAGCCUGGUGCACAUUCUCAACCCCCGUCUCACGGCCCCUCAAUCUA